AUGGAAUUAAAUUGUGGAGAUGAAGACAGAGUGCUCGGCAAAUGGCGAAAUGCUGCUUAUCCCGGCGCCACUAACGAAGCAAUCGAAAUUGCAACAUAUUUUUUCUGGAUGCGGGAAAAACUUUUCUGGAAGCGGUGCAUCAGUUUAUUCAUUGUUAGAGCAGCUUCACUUGAUGAUGAUGAAGACGAUGACAAUGUUGAUAUUGUAUUAGAUAUGGCAAAUAUUCAAUACAAAAAUCUCUUAUUUACUGAAGAAGACAAACAGAAAAUAAAAGAAGGAAUAUUUAUGAAAUAA